AUGGCGGAGUCGGCCGGAGCCUCCCCAUUCUUCCCCCUCGUCGUCCUCCUGCUCGCCAGCGGCAGCGGAUCCGGGCCGCGGGGAGCCCAGGCUCUGCUGUGUACAUGCACCAACUGCCUACAGGCCAACUACACGUGUGAAACGGAUGGGGCCUGCAUGGUUUCCAUCUUCAACCUGGACGGGAUGGAGCACCAUGUGCGCACCUGCAUCCCCAAGGAGGAGCUGGUCCCCGCCGGGAAGCCCUUCUACUGCCUGAGCUCCGAGGACCUGCGCAACACCCACUGCUGCUACACCGACUUCUGCAACAAGAUCGACCUGAGGGUGCCCAGCGGUCACCUCAAGGAGCCGCCUGAGCACCCUUCCAUGUGGGGCCCCGUGGAGCUGGUCGGCAUCAUUGCCGGCCCCGUGUUCCUCCUAUUUCUCAUCAUCAUCAUCGUUUUCCUUGUCAUUAACUAUCAUCAGCGUGUCUAUCACAACCGCCAGAGGCUGGACAUGGAAGAUCCCUCGUGUGAGAUGUGCCUGUCCAAAGACAAGACGCUCCAAGAUCUCGUCUACGAUCUCUCCACGUCGGGGUCUGGCUCAGGGUUACCGCUCUUCGUCCAGCGCACAGUGGCCAGGACCAUCGUCCUACAGGAGAUCAUUGGCAAGGGCCGGUUCGGAGAGGUGUGGCGCGGCCGCUGGAGAGGGGGCGACGUGGCUGUGAAGAUCUUCUCUUCUCGUGAAGAACGGUCUUGGUUCCGGGAAGCAGAGAUAUACCAGACAGUCAUGCUGCGUCACGAGAACAUCCUCGGAUUUAUUGCUGCUGACAAUAAAGAUAAUGGCACCUGGACACAGCUGUGGCUCGUCUCGGACUACCAUGAGCAUGGCUCCCUGUUUGAUUAUCUUAACCGGUACACGGUGACGAUCGAGGGGAUGAUCAAGCUGGCCUUGUCUGCUGCCAGUGGGCUGGCGCACCUGCACAUGGAGAUCGUGGGCACCCAAGGGAAGCCUGGGAUUGCUCAUCGAGACUUGAAGUCGAAGAACAUCCUCGUGAAGAAAAACGGCAUGUGCGCCAUCGCAGACCUGGGGCUGGCCGUGCGUCACGACGCCGUCACUGACACCAUUGACAUCGCCCCAAACCAGAGGGUGGGCACCAAACGAUACAUGGCCCCCGAAGUGCUUGAUGAAACCAUUAACAUGAAGCACUUUGACUCCUUUAAAUGUGCUGACAUCUAUGCCCUCGGGCUUGUGUAUUGGGAGAUUGCUCGAAGAUGCAAUUCUGGAGGAGUCCAUGAAGAAUAUCAGCUGCCGUAUUAUGACGUAGUGCCCUCUGACCCUUCCAUCGAGGAAAUGCGCAAGGUCGUAUGCGACCAGAAGCUGCGGCCCAACAUCCCCAACUGGUGGCAGAGCUACGAGGCGCUACGAGUGAUGGGGAAGAUGAUGCGAGAGUGCUGGUACGCCAACGGCGCGGCCCGCCUGACCGCUCUGCGCAUUAAGAAGACCCUCUCCCAGCUCAGCGUGCAGGAAGACGUGAAGAUCUAA